AAAUAAAGUCUGCAGACAUGUCUCAGCGAACGAGAAAGAUUAUUGCCUUAGCAAAGACUGGAGAUAAUACAGCAAAAGAAAAUAUACCUGACAUGGAAAACAUGGAGAAUCUUAAUUCAAGCGCUUCAGACGGAUUUGAUCCAAUAUCUAAUUGGGUAGUUGAAGUUGAUCCAGAUGUCCUAAAAAAACUUGAUUCUGACAAAAGUAAAGAGACUCCAGAUAGAGACUUUCCUUUCAAUAGCAGUUGCAAAAAUGAAAAACAAAUGAGAAAGAGCCCAUUGUCUGAAGCGAAAUGUCAACAUACAUUUAAUGCCCCAGAUACGAGUUAUAUGGAGAAUGAAGUCUCAGAUCCAGCAAAAAAAACAAAAAUCAACAUACUGUCCCACUGGAUAUUAAAAAAUGGUGUGCCUGAUUUGAUGGGAACUGCAAUACCUACAGAUGUUUACGAGUUCAGUGACAAUAUGGAUGCGGACACGACUGUCAAUUCCAGAGCUCAUCCCCCUAUGGAACAAGAUAUUCAAGUUAUUGUUGUUCCAUCUAAAGAGGAAGUAGAGCAUUUAUCAAUGUCAAAAGACUUACCAAUGAUAGUUGAUGAGAUUUAUGUUACCAAUGGAGUUGACAAAAGCAAUAUUGAGUGUGCGCCUGAACAACUUAUCGAAGAUUAUGUCCAGCUCAGUGGGCCCAACAUGUCAAUCUCUGAUUUAAAGAAUGCAGAUGAAGUUAUCAAAGAAGCAACCCCACAUGGAGAUGAUAAGGCUACUGUAGAAAGGACACAGAAAAAGCAUUAUAAAGACAAACAGACACACUGCUUUUAUUGUGAAAAGGACGUAUCUCAUUUCAGUAGACAUAUUGCAACCUGCCACCAGAAUGAGUUUGAUGUACAACUACGAGUAGUGAUUUUCUGCCUUGUCCACAUUGUCUCGGAUUUUACAAGAACGCAAGUUUAUAUCGACACACUAAAAGCUGUAGCAGUCGCCCAGAAACAUCCACCAAAAAAAGGCAGAGUGCCCAAAGUGAUGGUCAGACAGCACUUCUAA